AUGCUCUCCAGCUUGAGUCUCCUCCGACUGAAUCUCCAUUCUCCAAUGUCGUCGAUCAGUUCCUCCGAUCAUCGCCUUCCGAUGACAAAGAGACAAUUUAAACCGUUGAUUUUGAGAGAUUACCUUCUCGAUGAUCUCAGCUCCUGCUCAUCCAACGGCUUCAAAUCCUUCCCUCGCCGUCAAUCGUCCACCGUCCGUCUUCUCCUCGACGCCGAUAUGAAACGGUCAGGUGGAAUAUUUCACCACAAACAGCGUCUUACCUGCGGAUUGGCGUUUAGUCACGCCGUUCAGAAAGCUUCGACGGCGUUACUCACCGCCGUUAAACUCUUGCCGCUCCCUACCUCCGUUAACUCUUCUCGAGAGAGAGUUAAUAACAAUAAGAAAGCUGUUUUCUCGAGAAGCUUCUCUACAAGACUUUUAAGCAGAAGCUUCUGGAAAAAACCUUCCCGCCGUGAACUUAACGUCGACGGAGAGAUCGAACGGAAAACGGAAGGUCGUGAACAAGAGAUCAAACGGUGGAGAACGUUCGGGGAUUUUCUGAAAGAGAGUCAAGAUCAACCGUCCGAUCAAAUCUCUUACAUUUCCCCGACGGGUUUGUUUCCCGUUGAAGCGGCAUUGUCAAACGCCGCCGGUGGUAACGAGUUCUACACGAACUCGGAGGUGACUCAAUCAUCUGAGACGUCGACCAAAAACGACGCCGUGGAAGAUGUGACGGGGACAACAGACGGAGCAGUUAUGAUGAGUGGGGAUUGCGUAGGGACACAUGUCAGUUACGGCUCGUCUGUCAACGACAACAGAGAGGAUUGCGUGAACGAAGAAAAAGAACAACUCAGUCCAAUAUCGAUAUUAGAAUGUCCAUUCCAAGAUGAUGCAAUCACUUCUCCUCAUUCGCAUCAAAAAGAAAUCGAUGAGAAGAAGUUAUUGAGAAGGAGAAGAAAAUUUGAGAGUUUAGUACAACUAGAGCCCGUGGACUUAAAGAAGCGCAUAGAGAAGUAUGAGGAAAUACAAGAUCACGGCUCUCACGUGACAGAAAUCGAAGAAGAUGAGUCCGAAAACCGAGCAAACCGUUUGUUUGCUCUAGUAAUAUCUAGAAUAAUCAAGGAACCGAAUCACUUGCUAGCAUCGCACAUUGUAGACAAUCUCUUGCUAGAUUUUUUUAAAGAAGACAAGAGUAACGAAACAAGAGACGAGGAUAAGUUAGUGGAGAUAGUGGAAGAAUGGGUGAUGGGGAGACAAGAAGAAGAACAUAUGUUUAUGAGUUGGGAAGUAAGAGAGAAGAGAGAGAUUUAUGUGAAGGAAAUGAAAUGGGGUUCCAUCAAUGGCGAUGAGAGAGGGUAUGUUGUUGAAGAAUUAGGGAAUGGUUUCGUCACUCUCCUCAUCGAUGAACUCAUUCUUGAUUUAUUGUUGUGA